GAGGAAAUUGUUCAGUCUGAAAGUAACAUCACGUGUGAGCGGAUCGCGCGGAAAAGUUUGGUCUUUCCUCAUCUUUUCCCCAAUUUGGAUAGUUUGUUGCAACACGCGUGAAAGAAAGGUGACACAGUGGUGGAUUUGUCAGGCAACUCGGAGGGAAGAAGCACGCAAAAACAGCCAAGAUGACUCUCUUAUCUGGUGGCGACAACGUUAUUAAAUAUCUACUCUUCAUAUUUAAUUUCCUCUUUGUGAUCACGGGCAUAAUUCUCCUGUCGAUUGGUUUGGCCGUGCAAGGAGCAUUUUUCAGCUAUGAACACUUGCUGGAGGACAGAUUCUUCGCCAUUCCAGCCUUCCUCAUCGCGAUCGGAAUCAUCAUCUUCAUCAUCGCUUUCUUCGGAUGCUACGGCGCUAUUCGAGAGAAUUACUGCAUGGUCCUAACUUUCUCUAUUCUGCUCGUGCUGGUGUUCAUCCUGGAGCUGGCAGCCGGAAUCAGUGGAUAUGUUCUGAGGAAUGAAACUGAGGCUCUUCUGGAACGAAGCUUGAGGGACAGCAUGCAGGACUUUGUGAACAAUAACCCAGCGGCUACAGGAACCACCGGUCUCUGGGACGCUAUUCAGCAGAAAUACGAAUGCUGUGGCGUUCACAAUUCCACAGACUGGACGCAAGUUGCUAAUAACACAGAAAAGAAGCUUCUGCCGAUGUCCUGCUGCGAAAUCCCGCAAGGACAAAUGGGACCGUUCGAGUGCACGGAUGCCCGGCUAGGUGACCGAGCCCAAGGAUGCCUUUCAGGAUUUUCGUCUUACAUCAUGGCGCACGCUGUGAGUCUAGGAGCGGCCGGAAUUGCCAUCUGCAUCAUCCAAUUCAUCGGCAUCUUCUUCGCCUGCUACCUCGCGAGGCAGAUCAAGAACAAACAAGGAGGCCACUCAGGCUUCUGAGCCUGAAGCUGUUUGAGGUUGUCUUCAGUAGCAAAAUCUUUGAGUGUGAGGUUUUGUUCUUGCAAAUACUGUAUUCUCUUUUAAUUUAUUCAGCAGCUCAGGCAGUGAAGCAUAAAAGAAAUUCUACAUCUUCAUGGUAAUUCUUAGGUUUACACUAUUUCGAUUUUCAGAAUGCAAAGCAAAAUUUUGUGGUAAGAGCGAAGCUCAUUGAAAAAUUCUUUUGGUGAAAUUGAUCGUGUUAAUGCGACAGAGAUAAUAAACGUGGAUUAUAAAUGUGA